UUACCGAUAUAGCCCAUAAGCAAGCAAACAUCCUAGCCCACUUCACGUUCAAUAUUUUCGGACAAAAGCCUUAGCUGUCAGCCACGUGGAUAAUCAAUCGGACACCGCGCCACGUCUUCAAGCAAAUCAUUACCGGUUCGUACCGGUUGGUUAGCGGUUCAAUUAUGAGAAUGAGAUACAAAACACAGACUCUAUUAUCUCGAGAGUUAAUUAGGUUUCUUCUUUCACUCCGACAGAGUCGCGUGACGAGCUUCAAGCCUUCAACGCCGACGAAAUCCACGAUUCAAGGUAGCAAAUUUCUUCUACCGAUCAUCGUCUCGAGUUACCUAUCUUCUUGAUUUGUCACUGAGCAGAGAUUUAAAGCUUAAGAGUUAUCGGAGUUCAUAAGUUAUCGUAAAACCCUAAACCCUAGCUGAGCAAAAUCCUUCAUAAUGCGACCUCCGUUCAAUUCCUUCCAGCCUCAAGCUCGUCCUUAUCGACCGCAACAUCAACAACAACAACAGAACAAUGGGUAUUCUAAUCACCACCAACAACACAAUGGGUAUCAGAACCCAAUGAACUCUAAUCAAUUAGGGAUGAUGAAUCCACAGAUGAUGAGUAAUCCAAUGAUGGGUCACAUGAACAAUCCCAUUCCAAUGCCUAAUAUGCCAAUACAUCCUCAGUUCUUUAACAAUAUGCCUCAACAACAACAACUUCAUCAGUUUGCUAUGCCCAACCAUAUCAACCAGUUACUUCCCAAUCUCUUGGGCAAUCUUCAGUUUGCAGUUGCUAAUAGUAACCUUAUGGGUCACUCUCUUCCCAAUUUUUUCCAGCCUAAUCUUGAACCUUCUGCUUUCACUUCUCGACCACAGCUUAAUUCCUUUAACUCUCUUCCUUAUCCUCCGGUUCCAAAUCACCAUUUGCGGCCUCCAGGUUUCUCAGAGCCAAGACCACAAUCAGUAGGAAUUGACGAUAGAACCAAUGGUUCCGGUUCUAACGGGAAUGAUUUUCGAAAUAAAUUUACCAAACAUCAAAAUUUCAAAGGCCCUGGUCAAGGAUUCCAGAGACCUCAGUUGCAUCAAGCAGAUAAUGGAAAGAGAAAGUCUGGAUUCAAUAAGGAUCACAGGGGCAAAGGGAACUAUAAUAAGAUGAAAAAUGGGCUCGAUGGAUCUGAUGCUGAUAACAUAGCUAAGGAGAAGAAAAGAUCAUAUGCUUUGAUGUAUACACCAAAAGAUGUUAACCAAUGGCGUGAAGCUCGGCGUAAGAAUUUUCCAACGAGACUCAAUGUUGAAAAGAAAGUAAAGAAAAAUGUUUCAGCCAGCAUCCUUGACGAGGAAGCAAAAAUGCGUCGUCAGCAACUCCGGGAAGUUCUAGCAAAGCAGGCUGAGUUAGGUAUUGAAGUUGCAGAUGUUCCUUCACAUUAUUUAUCUAAUACAGAUGAACGAGUUCAUGGAGAUAAUGGAGCCAACUAUGGAAAUUUUCAACGCAAGGAUGGGCAAAAGAGAAAAUUCCAGAACAAUAGACAUAAGCAGAGAAGACAUGGUAGAAAAGACAAGUUUGAUAAGACACCAAGACUCGAUGACAAAAAUUCAUCUCAAGAAUCUCCCAUGACGACUAAAAAACCUACAUUGCUUGAGAAGCUCCUAAGCGCAAACAUAAAGAGAGACAAAAUCCAUUUAUUACAGGUCUUCCGCUUCAUGGUAAUGAAUUCAUUUUUGAAGGAGUUUCCAGAGCAACCUCUGAAGUUACCUUUGAUUACGGUAGAAGAAACUGGCGAUGACCUUAGUGAUGUGGAUGUGGAUGUGGAUGUGGAUGUGGGAUGUGGAUGAGGAUCAGGAUGAUGACUCAUGUGAUGACGAUGAUGAUGUUUAAGUUUGUAAGAUCAAAAACAUGAGUACAAGGAUUUGUGAUAUUGAUCUAAUAUCAUGUGUUCCUUUUUUGAAGAUAUGUUGUCCGCAGGAAACAGUAAGAUAAAGAACCUGAUACAUGGAACAUUGAGGGUAAAAAAAAAUUAUAGUUUGUUUCAAAACCUUGCAA